UGGAGACUUUGUGAGGAAUGGGGCGGGGCAGCUGCCUUUGUCUCUGGGAAGGCCAGGGUCACAGGAGCUUAGGGCACAGCAUUGAGCCCUCUAGUGGACGCGUCCUUCCAGAGGACAUGCGGGUCAUUUCCAUCCCUGCCCACCCAGAACUUCAGCUCCUCCUGAAACUUUGAUCAGAGACCACCUGGUGACACCAGAGACACAGGACGGAGGACAAAGCAGGCAGCAGAGACCAUGGAGUCCCACACAGCCACGUUCCACAGAGGGUUUGUUCCCUGGCAGGGGCUCCUUUUUACAGCCUCACUUUUGACCUUCUGGAGCCCACCUACCACUGCCCAAUCAGCAAGUUUGGUGAAACCCACCAUCCACGCCAGCAGCACCAAUCUCAAAGAAGGCGAUUCUGUGGUCCUGAACUGUGUCUCAAGUGAGAGUGGCGUAACCACAUCAUGGUUAUUUGAAGGCUAUAGUCUGAAGCUCACAGAAAGAAUGAAGCUGACCGUAGAAGGCAACUCCAUCACCAUCAAGCCUGUCAAGGUUGAGGAUUCCGGGCAUUAUCAGUGUGAGGUCUCCAAUGGUAUCAGUUCCAGCAGGAGUGAAACCGUCAGGUUAAAAGUGACUGCUAAGGCAGAAACACCAGAGCCAGCUGGCUCCUCGCUGGUGACCGGCAUGGGCAUGAUGAUUUUAAUUCUAACUGUGGUGAUUCUGAUAAGUGUCGUGGCAUAUAAAAUGGUUCACAGAAAGACUGGCGGUGAGCAACCCAAGGUCGAAGCACCUGCAGAAAUUAAACCAACGGAGCCAACAGGGCCAACAGAGCCCCCACAGCCUGAACAGCCCCCACAGCCUGAACAGCCCCCACAGCCUGAACAGCCGCCACAGCCUGAACAGCCCCCACAGCCUGAACAGCCCCCACAGCCUGAACAGCCCCCACAGCCAGGAAACCCACCAGCAUGAUCUCACAGAGCACAAACCCUCAAGUCUACCAUCGCAGUCCAGGCCUCUCUGAUAACUCCCCUGACAAGGUGGAUGAAAUUGCAUAUUCUUUUCUGAACUUCAAUAACCUACAACCAAAGCAAUCAACUUCACACUCCCCGCUCCCCACAGUACCAGAAACAGUUUAUUUGGAAGUGAAAAAGAAGUGAUGCAACCUAUCCUGUCACAGCACUGCUGACCUACUCCAUGGCAUCCCUGGAGAUUUCUUUACACUUGGAGGAAAAAGAAAAUCAGCCCCCUACUCUGUCUUCCCACAUGCAGCACCUCCAGGCUGCAAGGCCUCUCUCCAAUGUCAAUAAAUGAAAA